ACGUGGGCGAGUCAGGUGACGCUGCGGGGCGGUCCAACAGGCUGCGGGGUUGACGGUGGACGCAGGGACGCGGUUCAGUUCCGGACCCCCCAACCGAGCCCCGCUCUCUUUGCCGCCAUGACGGGGCUAGUGCUGCUCUACUCUGGGGUCUUCGUGGCCUUCUGGGCCUGCAUGGUCGUCGUGGGAAUCUGCUACACCAUUUUUGACUUGGGUUUCCGCUUUGAUGUGGCAUGGUUCCUGACGGAGACUUCUCCCUUCAUGUGGUCAAACCUGGGCAUUGGCCUCGCUAUCUCCUUGUCUGUGGUUGGGGCAGCAUGGGGCAUCUAUAUUACUGGCUCUUCCAUCAUUGGGGGAGGGGUGAAGGCCCCCAGGAUCAAGACCAAGAACCUAGUCAGCAUCAUCUUCUGUGAGGCUGUGGCCAUCUAUGGCAUCAUCAUGGCAAUUGUCAUUAGCAACAUGGCUGAGCCUUUCAGUGCUACUGACCCCAAGGCCAUUGGCCAUCGAAACUACCAUGCAGGCUACUCCAUGUUUGGGGCUGGCCUCACAGUGGGCCUGUCUAACCUCUUCUGCGGAGUCUGUGUGGGCAUCGUGGGCAGUGGAGCCGCCCUGGCUGACGCGCAGAACCCCAGUCUCUUUGUAAAGAUUCUCAUCGUGGAGAUCUUUGGCAGUGCCAUCGGCCUCUUUGGGGUCAUCGUUGCAAUCCUUCAGACUUCCCGAGUGAAGAUGGGUGACUAGAUGAUGUGUGUGGGUGGGGCCGUGCCCCACUCUUAUUUAUUUGUGGUUUUCCCGGGACAGCUGGAGUUGUGCCCCUUAGGCUUUCAGGGGGCUUAGUGUUCAGGGCUCUCCCCACACUCACUCCUCGCUGCGUCAACUUGGAGGCACUGCCUGGCUGGAUCCUCAGUGUGGGAGUGGGCCGCUGAUGACUAUGUGCAGCUUUGCACCUGUGUCCCACCACCCCUGUAAACCAUCUUCCCAGUGUUUGUGAAAUAAAAGUGGUAUUUGUCUGGGUCA